GUUGCGGGGUUUCUUUUAAAUUCCCCUAAGUCGGAAAGACUAAUAUGAAGGAAAACGGAGCAACUCCCCUUCCACCUAAUAACUCCUUAUCUCUCUCCUUCCUGCGCUUCCUCCCGGGAUUUGACACAGCUGACCUUGUUUUUCCCUUCAGGACUGGUUAUUAUCAAACCACCUUUGAAGCUGCGCUGUGUAUUUAUGUCAAAAGUGUAGAAACAAGAAACAUGAAGCAAGAAGAAAAAAUAAAAUUGAAAAGGAAAAAUUGGAAAGGAAAUCUUUUGAUAAUAGGGAUUGGGGCUUGGAAGACGUUCCCCACCCUCGCUGGAAGGAGUGGGUUAUCUCUGGGAUCAGUGUGAGUACGCUGCCACUACAGCAAGUAAUCUUAAGAUAUAUAUUGAAAUCAAACAUGAAUGAGUUUGAUAUCCCUGUGAACAGUGCUUUGCGCUGUAAACUUCAAAUUGUCUGUUCUCUCAUUUUAGUUCGGUUAUUUUUAACUCGUAACUUUGAAUCAGCGGGGUAAUUAAUUGAAAAAAUAUAAAAUAAUAAUUAUCCAGGGUGUUGUAUCUGCAACUGAUUGCGGCAUCAAGGAUCCCAACAAAAUGUAUAGCCGUUUUAACGUUUUUUGGACACAAACAGACAGACAGACAAGCUAAAUAUAUAGAAAGACAAAGAGUGAAUUUUAAACAGUCUAAGUCUUUGUUUGCAGUUCUAGCUUUUUAUUUAAUUUAAUUCAAAGCUUAUUAAGCUUAAAAAAUUGAAAUAUAACAUGUAUUGUACACAUUUCAGAGAGAAUGGCAGAAAUUAUGGGAGGAGAUAAAGUUACCAUUAAAGAAGAAAUCUCUACUGUAGAGGAUACAUGUACUGUAUUUGUAGUGGGUGAAGAUGUAAAAGAAGAAAGUACAGAAAAUCAAGGUGAAGUCUUCAAGAUUGAAGAAGAUCCCCUUUUCUCUGUACAAAAGAGGCUUAAAAAGAGUAAGCUAAGAGAUAAAAGAAACAAAAGUUUUCCCUGCGGGAAAUGUGAUUAUGUGGCAACCGAAUCCACUAAUUUGAAGAGACAUAUUAGAAAUAAACAUGACGGAGUGAGAUAUCCCUGCGAUAAGUGUGAAUAUGUUGCUACUGGUGUAAGGAGUUUAAAGUUACAUGUUGACUCUAAACAUGAAGGAGUGAGAUAUCCCUGUAAUCAGUGUGAAUACUUUGCUAUGAGUGGUAGAAGUCUGAAGUUACACAUUGAAUCUAAACAUGAAAGAGUUAGAUAUCUAUGUGACCAAUGUGAUCACUCUGCCACUAGACCAAGUUAUCUGAAGAUACAUAUUAAAAGUAUUCAUGAAGGAGUGAGAUAUCCCUGUGAUCGGUGUGAAUAUGUUGCUAAUGGUGCACAGCGUCUGAAGUUACACAUUGAAUCUAAGCAUGAAGGGGUGAGGUAUCCCUGUGAUCAGUGUGAUUACACUGCCACUGAAACAAGUAGUCUAAAGAAACAUAUUGAAAAUAAACAUGAAGGAGUGAGGUAUCCCUGUGAUCAGUGUGAAUAUCUUGCUACUGAACAAAGAAAUCUGAAUAGACAUAUUAAAAAUAAGCAUGAAGGAGUCAAAUACUCGUGCGAUCAAUGUGAAUAUGCUGCCACUGACUCUUGUACUCUAAAAAGACAUAUUAAAAGUAUACAUGAAGGAGUGAAAUAUAUUUGUCCUCUUUGUGAAUACUCUUUCACACUAGCAAGUAGUCUGACGAAACACAUAAAAAAUAAACAUGAAGGAGUUAGAUAUCCUUGCUACCAAAGUUCCUCCUUGAGCAAUUAAAUAAUUAAUUAUAAUAAUAAUUAAUUAAAAAUAAUUAAAAUCUCCAACAAUUAUGAAAGGUUUGGCCAAAAGUCUUAAAAUUUCACAAAGUUUUUCAUUGUUCUCUUUUACAUCUGUGUUGUCAUAAAGAUUGUGAGGUCUGCAAACUAAAGCAAUAUUCAAAAAGAAAUUAUCUGGCUGCUGAUAUUUAAUACAGGUUAUAUUUGAUACUUGGAUUUGGGUAAUACUUCCGAGAAAAUAAUUAUGAAUAACAUUUCCAAUAAAAGUCAUGAACACAUUAAUUAUAUUAUCUGUUUUUAUAGUUCCCAGAAGACCCUUUUUAGUUCAUAAAAGGCCUUUUUUCUUUAUUCUUUUUUGCCUUUCUAUCCUUCUCAUAUCAAACCUUAAACUCCUAGCUUCCAAGGUUUGGAUAAUAACUUCCUUUAUUUUAUCCUCAUAUAAUUCACUUUGCAGGUUUGAUAUCAUAUUGAUGGCUCGCUUCUGUACAUUUUCUAGGACAGGCUGACACAGCAAAUUCUAAGAUAUAAGACUUUUAGUUUAGAAAUUUGAUUUAUUUCUGUAAGUGGAAUAGCCUGGACAAAAUUUGCAUUCUUUGCAGCAGAUAAACACUGGGUUGACGGUAUGAAGGAUUCAUGGGUUAUUACAACAAUAUCUUUUUCUUGGCUAACUUUAAAAAAAAAAUCUUUUCACUGUUCAUGAAGUAGAUGCAAUUAUUAUUUUAUUGCAUACAUGUAGAACCUUACAUUUGGGAUCAAUAAAGUUGCUUCUAUGAUUAAAUUCUUCUAAAAUAGCAUUGUGAACACAAUGUGAUAAAGUUGCCAAAAGUUUUCUGUACUUCAUAAACUUUUCUUAAAAAUGUUUACUUGUUUAUUUAGAUUUUCUUUUUAAAUUCAGACGUUGCUGGUAAAAAUUUGUGUGUAUUUUAACAAUAUUUUUUUCAGAAA